AUGGUUCUAAUUUGUGACGUUCAAGGGAUAUGUAGAGGAUCGGCACCAAAUGGUUAUCAAGGAACAAUUGAACAAUGUUAUUGUGAAUGCAAUCAAGCAGUUCGAAACGGUUUUAAAGCAACAACAUGUUCUUGGUUUCCGGCUGGUCAAUUUAGUUCUGGUGGCUGUAGUUACUGUGAAGCACGUCGCAAAAGACAAUCGAUAAGAAUUCCGGAACAAAUCAUGAAGAUGAGCGAUUAUCAACAGGCAAUGAAUUAUAAAGCGAAAAGAGCUGAUUCAUCAGCUCUAGUUCCAUUUCCGGUGCGUGAAUGUUCGUGCAUGGGUUGCGAUAGUUUUUCAUCUGGAUAUCAAGGAACAUUGGAACAAUGCCAAACACAUUGUCAAUCAAUUGCUAAUUCAUUUAUCAAUGGACAAGUAACAUCUUUAUACUUGCCAGAUGCUCAAUACAGCAAAGGUUCUUGUAAUUGUUGUGGAUACAAAGAUCCCUGUGGAUUACGUUAA